AUGUUAUACCUCACCAACACUCGGCCUGAUAUUAUGUUUGCAACAAACCUGUUAUCAAGAUUCAUGUCAAGUCCAAACAAGAUUCACUUGGAAGCAGCAAAGUUGGUGUUACAAUACCUAAGGGGAACUUCCUCGUAUGGUAUUUGUUAUACCUACACUAACAAAUUUGAGUUACAUGAUUUUUCUGACAGUGAUUGGGCAAGUUCAAUUGAAGACCGGAGGAGCACCUCUGGCUAUAUUUUUAACCUUGGUGCAGGCGCAGUUUCCUGGUGUUCAAAGAAGAAACAAUCAACCACUCUCUCUUCAUCAGAGGCAGAAUAUAUAACAGUUACUACAACGGCAUGCCAAGCUGUUUGA